CUCUGUGGUUGUUCCUCCUGCUCGGCCCCGGGAGCGAUGGCGGGGCCGGGGCCGGGCCCGGGGCGGACCCCCAAGCCCCCCGUGCAGGUGUCUGUCAUUGUGCCUGUUUACAACAGUGAAUGCUGGUUAGAUGAAUGCUUAAAGUCAGUUUGGGAACAAGAUUUUGAAGGAACCCUGGAGCUGUCAAUUUUUAAUGAUGCCAGUAAGGAUGGGUCAGCUGAAAUAAUUGAAAAAUGGAAGAUCAAGUUGGAAGAAGUUGGGAUUCCAGUAAUCAUUGGGAGUAAUGAUUCAUCUGAACCUCGAGGUGUUGGAUUUGCUAAAAAUCAAGCAGUAAUUCAGAGCUCAGGAGCCUAUCUCUGCUUUCUGGAUUCAGAUGAUGUGAUGAUGCCACAGCGGGUUAGGCUGCAGCACCAAGUUGCCAUUCAACACCCAAACAGUAUUGUUGGUUGCCAAGUCAGAAGAGAGCCACUGGACUCCACUGAACGAUACACUCGCUGGAUCAAUAACCUGACCCAGGAGCAACUUCUCACACAGGUGUUCACCUCCCACGGACCCACUGUGAUCAUGCCAACCUGGUUCUGUUCUCGAGAGUGGUUUUUUCACGUGGGAAAAUUUGAUGAGGGGGGAAAGGGGGUCCCAGAAGAUCUGCUGUUUUUUUAUGACCAUAUCCAGAAGGGUGGUGGAGUCUUCCGAGUGAACCGUUGCCUCCUGCUCUACCGGUACCACCCACAGGCUGCGACUCAUUCUGUCCUGGAGGGAACCAUCUGGAACCACCGAGUCAGAUUCCUUGAGGACAGAGUCCUGAACUCCUGGACAUCAUUCACCAUUUGGAAUGCUGGCAAGCAAGGCAAGAAGCUCUACAGAAGUUUGUCACCAGCUAAUAGGAAAAAGGUCAUUGCCUUUUGUGAUGUUGAUGAAAAGAAAAUAACAAAAGGAUUCUACACUUAUGAGGAAUCUGAGGAGAGACCAAAACCAAAGGUCCCUGUGUGUCACUUCAGAGAGGCUGCUCCACCUUUCAUCAUCUGUGUGAAGCUGGAUUUGACAGGUGGAGUGUUUGAAGCAAACCUGGGUAUGCUGAACCUGAAGGAAGGGAUGGAUUAUUAUCACUUUAACUAAACCCAAGGAAGGGCAGAGGAGCAGUGUCUGACCAUCUGUGCUGCAUCAUCUCCCUGCUGGGUGGUGUCUGAGAUGUCCCACUGCCAGCCUGGGGUGCUCCCAGGGAACGAGGCUGGAAGGGCUCAAGGCAGCAGCUUCGGCCACUCCACGUGUUCCGCUGCUGGCUCAGGACACCCCUCCUGGUGCACAGGGACACUUCCACGAGCAAACACCCCCCUGGAACAUAUUCCCACCUGUACCUUGGACACCAGCUGAGGUUUGGGCACUUUCAGGAGGUCACAGAGGCAGUUGCGUCUCUCCCUCACCACAGGCAGUUCUGCUUCCCUGGGGUAGGAAAGGUUUGCCAGUUAAUUCACAAAUUAAAACCUGAGGGUGCCCAUACUCAUAACACAACAUCUUAAGUGAUCCAUGUUACUACUGGAUUAUGAUGUUCUUUUCUGUACAUUUCAAAUUCUAGGAGUUUUCGUUCUGUCACAUUUUAAGAAUAAUGAAACAUUUUUGUACCAUCUUAAGCCAGAUAACCCAUAAAUACACACCAGGUCUGCAACAGGUAACCAGUUGCUACUUAAGUGUCCAAGACUAUUCUUUUAGAGUUUUAUAU